AAUAUAAUUUUAAAAAAGUACCUUGUUUUUUGUUCUCUGAUUAUGCAGCACUGAGAUCUCAUUGAAGCAGCGUUUGGAGUACAUCGCCAGAGCCAUCCUGUCUGCUAAGAGUUCCUCCUGCAUCUCAGCUCAGGCAUCUGAUGGCGAGUUCCUUCACGAGCUGGAAGAAAAGAUGGAGCUGGUGCGGAUCCAAGUACAGAUCCAGGAGACCCUGAUUAGACAGUACUCCCAUCAUCCCUCAGUGAAAAAUGUAAUCUCUCAGUUGGACUCGGAGCUCAUGGACAUCACCAAGCUCUAUGGUGAGUUUGCUGACCAUUUUAAAUUGUCUGAGUGCAAACUGGCCAUCAUUCACUGUGCCGGACACUCUGACCCUAUACUGGUGCACUCACUGUGGCAGGAGAUCAUGGAAAAAGAACUGGGAGACACCGUGGCCAUGAGUCCAGCAGACAGGAUGAGGUCUCUCAGUUUAAAACUGGUAUCACUGGGAAAGAUUUACGCCGGAACGCCAAGAUAUUUCCCCCUGGAGUUCUUGGUAAAGUUUCUAGAGCAGGAGGUGUGUCGACUGAACUGGGACGUGGGCUUUGUCACCUCCACCAUGCAAGAGAUUGGAGUGCAGUUGCCACGUCUUCUGGAAGUCUAUGACCAACUCUUCAAAACUCGGGAUCCCUGUUGGCAGCGGCUGAAGAAGCCUCUCCACUUGGUGGAGUGUAUCCAUGUGCUUCUGUCAGGAUACGUGGAUGAUCCCAGCAGAGUACCAACCUAUGACAG